CCAUGGCGGGGACACGGGUCCUCUGCCCCACCGCCCGCUGCCAGACUCCUCCUCCGUCGCCUCCCUUCUCCCCCCAAGCUCGUGGGGCAGCCCCAGGCCGCGACUCACCCGCUGGACCUCCACAGAGCCAAGCUGGGGCCAGGAGCUCCGGGCUGGAAGGACCUUGCUUCCCACCGGCGUCACUGCACAUCGGCCCUGCCGGACCCCUGCCCCGGUGCCGGGCUCCGCGUGGCUCUGUGAACGCCUGCUCUGCCCCAGGGCCAUCGAUUCAUCUUGUGCCUUCUUCCCCCAUGGACCCUCCACCGCAGGGGGGCCGGGGACCCCCCAAGGCCCUGGAGCAGGGCGGCAGCUCCUCCGGGUGCCGGAUGGAGGCCCCUCUGCUGCCUUGUCCUCCAGCGAGGACACACCGAUCUGUCUUCUGGGAAGACGCCUUCCUCCAUGCCGUCACCGGCCCCUUCGGUUUGGUUUUAACCCCUGGUAGUGACUGAGCCGAGCAAUACAGUGUUUGCAAGAUCGCUGUGCCCUCGGGCUGUGCAGCCCCUGGUCCUCUCCUGCCCCUGGUCCCCUCCUGCCUGCAUCCUCUGUCCCUCAGGGAUGCUGGGGUGGGCACUCCGGAAUGCCUGCGCCUCCCUCCACAACCUUUAAAUCUGGGGGGAGGUGUGUGUGUGUGUGUUUGUGUGUGUGUGAAUUGCAGCGAUUUGAUAUCGAGUCGUCAGCUCAUGUCACAGGGACAGCUUUAAUUACAAACGAGCUGCCUGCAAUUAGCCCUGGGCAGUGGGACCUGGAGCCCAGGGGCAGGGGGUGCUGGGGUUGGGGUGCCUCGGUCCCAGUUGCUGCCCUCAGCCCAGCUCAUGCUGCCUGUGGGGCCGUUGUCCUGUGUCCAUCUGUCCAUGCGCCCAUGGCCGUGCCCCACUGGGGGGGCUGUACUUGGGGUUUCACCCAUCUCCGAGGGAGCACCGAGGCUGUGGAAGGAGCUGAUCCCGGGUCACGGCUCUGGGAUGCAGUGAUAGCAGCUUGUCCCCAUGCGGGAGGACACCCGCGGGGACACCGGCUCCUCUCCCCCCACCCCAUGGCUGCAGCCCCUCCUUGCGCUGCCCUGCUUGGGGGGCCCAUGUGGGGCCCCGCAGCCCCGGCCCCGCGCGGGCAGGCGGUGCCGGCGCUGCCGCAGUGGGGCCGGGCACGUCAGACAGGUUUUAUGGCUUCUCCGGAGGAACGGCUUGGCAAGAGGCUGAGCAACAGCAUCGACCGCACCGCGCCCCUCCCCCGCCGCGCCGCCCGCCCUGCCCCCCCCCGCACCCCAAACCCGCACCCAUGGGCGGCUGUGGGGCUGGCCCCACUGUGGGGAGUGCAGGGGGGGGCCAUGCCCUGGGGGUCCUGUGAGAGACUGUGCCCUGUGGGACUUCCCCAGCUGAGGCUGAUACCAGCCUGGUGGGACUGUGGCCAAAGGACUCCUAUGGAGGAUGCUGGGGGCAACCAUGUCCUGGGGGGCCGGCAGGUGGGGAUGCUGGUUAGGGCAUCCCCCAUGCAGGAAUAUUGGGGUGAUGGGACCCUGCGGGACCCCCCUGAAGAGGUGCUGGGGGGCUGUGCCCUGAGGGACCCACACACUGGGGUUCUGGGGGUGCCCAUCUCCCUGCCCCAGCCCCCUGGCGCAUUCCCAGGUGAGAGCAAGGGGUCCCUGUCGGGGACCCUCGAGUGGGUGCCAGGGCCCUGUCCUUGAGCGGGCGUUGCUUGGUAUGCGGGAGCCGCUGCCGGCUUCAAAUCCCAUCGACUUCCAAUGAGCAAUGCCAUCAAUAAAAGCUAAUUGAUGGCACGGCCGCUCCAAAUCAGAUUCCCCAUCCCCUGAAUCGAGUUGAUGGCUCCGCGCCCCGCAGCCAGCCGCGGCAGAAAUUGAAUCUAUUAAAGGAAGAGGCUCCAUUAGCCCGUCCCUUCUGUCUCACAAUCCCUCCGAUGCC